CAAACCUUGCCAUUUUUUAUUUAUUUCUUGAAGUGGUGUUUAAUUAUAUAAUUUAAAACUGCAACUGUUUAACGUUAAUAAGCGUUAAUUUGUGUGAAUAAAGCGCCACUCAUGAGUAACAGGAAAAGUGCGUCUCAUUUUCGCUCCCUAUAUAGUGAACCAGUUUGUCAUAAAUACGAUUUCUGCCACUGUCAAGUAGUGCUGAGACAAACUGAGCUUAAAAUCCAUGUAAUUUGAAGCAGUUGUUUAGUGAAAUGAUUUAUUAAGAAUCGCUCGAAUCACCGCACGCUGCUCAAUACAAUGACAGAGUGUCCAAACACACAGAAGACUCCUGCUGAAGCGACUGAGAUCCACGUGACACUAUUAUAAAGAUGGCGUUUAUUAAAGAGGAGUGUGAAGACAUUAAAAUUGAAGAAGCAGUCAGGGUGAAACAAGAAGAUACCGAGGAACAAACAGAUCUGAUGCCACUGAAAGAGGAGUAUAAUUUAUUGAAUGAAAUGGAAGAGAAAAAUCAGUUUGAGAAGCAUCAGGAUUCUAUACCUGGAGAAAAAUGUUGCUCACAGACUGAAAAGAAACCUCGAAAGUUACGGGCUCUGCCUCCAUUAAUCUGCUUUCAUUGUGGAAAGUAUUUCAAUCAACAUGGAAACCUUACAGUCCAUCUGAGAGUUCAUUCUGGAGAGAAGCCUUUCACCUGCCAAGAGUGUGGAAAGUGUUUUACUCAAAAAGCACACCUUAAAGUGCAUAUGAGGGUUCACAUUAGGGAGAGCUCUUUCACCUGCCAGCAGUGUGGAAAAUAUUUUAACAGAAAAAAUAACUUUAUAUUCCACAUGAGAACUCAUGCUAAUGAGAGCUCUUCCACAUGCCUGCAGUGUGGAAAAAUAUUUAGCAAAAGAGGAAACCUUAAAGAACACAUGAGAAUUCACACUGGAGAGAAGCCUUACACAUGUCCUCAGUGUGGAAAGAGUUUUAGCCGAAAAGGAAAUCUUAGCGAUCACGUAAGAAUUCACACUGGAGUGAAGCCUUACAUUUGCCAACAGUGUGGAAAAAGUUUCAAUAAAUCUAGUACCUUGAAAAUUCACAUGAGAAUUCACACUGGAGAGAGCUCUUUUAACUGCCAACAAUGUGGAAAACAUUUUGAUCAACAAGGAAACCUUAAAAACCACAUGAUAAUUCACACUGGAGAGAAGCCAUUUGUGUGUGAUCAGUGUGGAAAGAGUUUCAACUUAAAAGGAAAUCUAAAAGUUCACAUGAGAGUUCACAGCGGAGGGAGUCCUUUCACCUGUCAACAGUGUGGAAAAACUUUUACUCGAAAAGGAAGCCUCAAAGUCCACAUGAGAGUUCACACUGGAGAGCAGCCUUUUAUAUGCCUUCAGUGUGGAAAGAGUUUUCCACAUAAGAAAAACCUUAAAUCCCACAUGAGAAUUCACACUGGAGAGAAGCCAUUCACAUGUGAUCAGUGUGGAAAGAGUUUCAGAUAUAAAUUUACCCUUAAUCACCACAUGAGAAUUCACUCAAAAGAAAAAUUAAUUAAAUGUCAUAAGUAUUGAAGGGGUUUAAGAGACAGGAAUCAGCUAAAGAAUCAUGAGAAAAAUUCACAUUAGACCAAAGCCUUUAAUUUGGCCUUUGUGUGGGAUAAGAUUCAAACUUAAAGCAAACAUUACCAUUCACAUGAGACCUCACACUGUACAGUGGACUUAUCAGUCAGACUUCAUGUAAUUUCCUGACUUGUUCUGGAAUUAAAUUGUACUGUUUCUUAUUUAGGCAUAAGAAAUGCAGUAGUUUCAGAAAUUACCUACAUAUUCACUCUGAUAGAAGAGAAUAUUCAUCAUUCACAGAUACACCUGAAAUGUAAUUGUGAAAAUUCUCAAUACAAAUAUAAAUCAUUUGAUAUGAAA